AAUUAUCAUUCGUUCAAUCAAGUUUGUUGUGUUGCGGUGGGGUGUGUCCAUUUAGAAAUUAAAUUUACGUUUUUCUAUUGAAUUUAGAUAUGAAAUAGUAGUUAUAACAAUGGAAUCUUAUCGCCCCUUGAUUGGCAUUUUAAUUAUUGCCGUAACCGCACACUGUGAUAUUUGGAGCGAGACUAUAGCGAACAGUCUGAGGGACCAGAGAGUGGAAGGGCAGUCUGUGAUAACUUGGUGCACGAUAUCAGUACCGGAGCAGGAAAAAUGCGAGAAACUAAUGAGAACUGCCAUGCAGGAUAAAGGGCUGUUCGGUGCUGACUACAUUGAGCUUCAGUGCAAAAGGGCCUUCGACACUGAAGAGUGCAUGACAUGGGUGGACAGAGGAGAAGCGUCCCUGAUUGGGUUGGAUGCUGGAGAGGUGUAUGUAGCCGGAAGAUACCACUCCCUUGUUCCGAUUAUGAUGGAGUUGUACGGCCGAUCAGAGCCGUACCAAUAUGCAGUGGCAGUGGUGAACAAAGGGGGCCUCCCUCAUGUACAGCCUGGCACAGGCCUGGGAGCCCUGCGAGGGGCGAAGGCCUGCUUCCCAGGUGUCGGAGCGCUGGCGGGAUGGGUCAUGCCGAUACAUGUUUUAAUGCAAGAAGGUGGACUGAAGAUUACAGACUGCAACAACCAUGUCAAAUCAGCAACAGAGUUCUUUGGGGAAUCCUGUGCUCCUAACUCCUUGAAAGACUAUUACAAUCCUAUUGGAGAUAAUUCUGACAAGUUAUGCAAACUCUGUACUGGCGCGGCAGGGUUCCGUUGUACCCUGGCGGAUCCUUACGCGGGGUACGAAGGCGCUCUGAAGUGCCUCGUGGCGAACGGGACAGGGGACAUCGCGUUUGUACGCGACACUACUAUACAGCACGCUUUGCUGUCCAGAAAGAUAUUGGGUGGAGUGUCCGAAGACCACUUCGAGCUGAUCUGCCGGGAUGGAUCCCGUCGACCAGUCACAGAUUGGGAGGAAUGCAACUGGGGCCGCGUGCCUGCAGAUGCCAUCGUCACCAGCAGCGCCGCCACGCCGAAACAGCGGCGAAGAUUACAACACUUCCUGCACAAACUAGUCCAGCUGUACGGCCAGCCGAACCCCCUUAACCGUAACUCUAACCGCACCACCGGUUACCAGUCGCGAGAUGGUUACGGCAACCCGUUCACAUCUAGUACGGAACCGCCAAGAUCGAUUUACGACCCGUACCGAAGAGACAGCUAUAAUUAUAACCCGAAUACUGUGAAUAAUGACGAGUUUAGAUCAAGCACGUACUCGCCGUUCCAACAGCGUGUGGACGCGGCUGGACAGCCUAUUGAACUACCCUUCCAACUGUUCAGUUCAAAUGGCACUACAGAUUUGUUGCUGCAGGACGCAACAAUAAACUUCCUAGUCCUCAAAGAGGAGGAGCAAGCAGCCAAACACAUUCUAAACAACAAGUUCGUCGGUGAUCAAGCUGAGAAAGCCGUGUUGGGCAUCCGAGACUGCCCGGUAAAACGCGCCAUGCUGUGCGUUACUAGCGAUGCUGAGAUGGAGAAGUGUAUCAAAAUGAGGGUGGCGCUGAAAGCAGCUUUCCUAUCUCCAACCCUAGUAUGCUGGCGCGCGCACAGCACUCGUCAUUGCGAGCGAGCCAUCGCUGAAGGCACGUGCGACUUCGCUUUGUUCGACGCUGCCGAUAUGCUGCGAGCCGCGAGCAACCACCGCCUCGUGCCCUUCAUGCAGGAGAUCUACACAACCGGCGACAACUGGUACUAUGCAGUGGCAGUGGCCAAAGAGCAGGAUCCGGACACUGAUCUGACCUACCUUCGCGGCAAGAACACCUGCCAUACUGGAAUAGGCAUGGCCGCUGGCUGGGUGUACCCUUUGGCGUACCUCAUCUCUAACGGGUGGAUCAGGUCAUACAAGUGCGACGGCGCCCACGCUGCCGCCCAGUACUUCACCAAGUCGUGUGCACCUGGAGCGCUGAGCAGCGAAUACGUCGACUCCAACACUAUCCCGCAGGAUAACCUGUGCCAUUUGUGUCACGGUGCUUCGUUCAGACGGUGCCGCCGUGACGCGUCCGAGCCAUACUAUGGUCACGUGGGCGCAGUCCGCUGCAUGGUGGAAGGCGGCGGUGACGUGGCUUUCGUCCGGCACACCGCGCCCGCUGAAGUGUCCGGCGGCCGCCGCCGCGAGUGGUGGGCGCGCGACCUGCUGCCGUUAGACCUGCAGCUGCUGUGCCCGGACGGUACACGGGCCAAGAUCAGCGAGUACAAACACUGCAACCUGGGCAAGGUCCCGGGUUCGGUGCUGAUGGGGCGCGCCAACCACACCGAGUUAGACACAUAUUCUAACCUCAUGGUCUACGCGCAGCAAUUGUACGGCGCCGCUACUACUGACGAGUUUAGUUUCAGCAUGUUCUUCUCGCCUCCUCCAUACGCAGACUUAAUCUUCAGCGACGCAGCGGUCCGUCUAAAGCCCUUGCCACACAAGCAGCGAUCAGCGGAUAUCAUAGCGGGCAAGGCGUUACCUCGCGCCGCACGCAUAGUGUCGUGCGACGCGCCGCAAAGCGCUUACUACAUCGCGGCAGAUACGGACUUUUUGUCCGCUGGUUAUAGGAACGGGGUGGUGGGGACUGUAAUAGGCUUGGCGAUCUUUGUGGUCGCUUUACUACGAUAAUACAUAAUCUACCUUAAAACAGUUAACUUAGACAAGUGACACUUUUUGAUCGAUCCGAAAUCGUUGAGAAGUAGCUACGUAAGAAAAAAUUGUGGUUUACACUUUUUGACGUUUAUUUAUAGUUAUAAUGACAGCUAUUUUGAAAAUUUGACAGCUAUUUCUGACAUUACGACGCAGCGGUCUGCUAACAAUGGUCCUUCGAGCCGGAUGCAUUUAUUUAGAAGUUUUUACUUUGACGGUUUUAUGGAAGGUUGGUGAAGAAAAUAAUUUACUAUUUCGUUAGACCCAAUAUACUGAACUGUCCUAUCCGUGACAUUGAUAUCGGAGCGCCACCGUCAAUAGCAAAUCGCUGAUUCCAAUUUUUGCCAUGUUGGAAACUAUAAAGUUGAACGAUGGUGGCGCCCCUCUGUCAAUGAGUUUGGUGGGACAGUUCAGUUUAGGUCAUCUAUAAAGCCUUUGCCGCACAAGCAGCGUUCAGCGGACAUCAUAGCGGGCAAGGCGUUACCUCGCGCCGCUCGCAUAGUGUCGUGCGACGCGCCGCAAAGCGCUUACUACAUUGCGGCUGAUACGGACUUUUUGUCCGCUGGUUAUAGGAACGGGAUGGUGGGGGCUGUAAUAGGCUUGGCGGUGUUUAUUGUCGCUUUACUACGAUAGGAAAUAACUAUGAAAAACAACGGGCAUAGACAAGUGGCACUUUUUAAUCGCUCCGAAAUUCGAAUCCCUUUACGAUAAAAAGUACGUUAGCUACAUAAAAAGAAAACGCCGGAACGAAGGCAUUUCGGAAUUACAAUUGUCACGUUCUGCCACUUGUCUAUGGAGACUGAUUUGAAUGGAGCCAGAGGAAGGCAAUAAUUUCUCUAAAAACUCGCCAUUUUAGCCCUUUAAUGCUAAAAUGAUAAUAGAUUUCUUUCGCUAUACGAAAUCUAUGAGGAGUCAAAUUUGGACAGCUCUUAAAAAGUGUAUUUGUGGUAAAUAAGUGAAUCUUAGAAUAUUUCUUGUAAUUAUGCAUUUAUAAACAUGUAAUCUAGAAAAGAUAGCUAUUCUUUAAUAGGUUAAACUGUAAGAAAACAUUCUGUACUUUAUACUUUCUGAAAUUAUGACAGCUAUUUCUUAUAUUAUGACAGCUAUUUCUAAUAUUAUAACAGCUAUUUCUGAUAUUAUGACAGCUAUUUCUGAUAUUAUGACAGCAAUUUUUUUAUUAUAUAAUUUUGAGUUAUGAAAUGUAUGUUAAUUAUGUAUUAAAUCCGUCCAUCAUAAGCUGAGCUUGUAGACUAGUAUUAGUUAACAAACAAUAUUGUGUGUAGGUAGUGUAUGUAAGUGUAAAUCUAAAAAUAAUAUUGUGUUAGAUUUAUUUAGUAACAAGAUGCAACUGUGUAAGUAAUCUCAUAACUGAUAUUUAAUUUCUUUUCUACAUUAUUGUGGUAUGUCUUUUUAUAUCAAUGGUUUUUAUUGUUUUACUAAUAAGUACUAGAUUAUUUACUUUAAAUGUUUAGUACAAAAUCUAUUUUUUUACUAUUUUGCUAAAAGACUUUUAUUAUAUUUUUUCUUAUAUGUCUGUAACAAUAAUAUUAUUAUUGAUAUUGUGAAUUUUCAAGUCCAAUCACUUGAAAAUGGUAGCACCAGGUGCAUUUUAUAACAAAACC